CCAGACUGAUAAUUAACCUGGUUACGCAUAUGGUUGUUGGGCGGAAAUGCACGAGGAUCUGCGUGAGAACCAGCCAAAUGUAGACCUGUCCCCAGUUAACUCUUUGACGCAAAUUUAUUUUACGCACUCUGAUACUGAGUGUGCGAAUCAUAUUUUUUCUUCAGCGUCUCUACCCACAUAUAACAACAUCAUUAUGGGAGGUGUUAAGCAUGCCGGCGUGACUGAAGUCUUUGUCAAAGUUUAGAUGUUCCUCAAUUACGCAUGGAUGGCAGCUGAAGAGGAAGUAGUCACUAAUGUUUUAGAUGACGUUUUAAGCCACACAGUCAUUUGGCUUCUUUCGUUGUAAAAAUGUGGUGGCUUAAGCGUGAGGAACUGUCAAUUGGCUUGUUUUGAGGAACCGGUCUUUGGUAUUGACAGGUACACGUUCUCAUAGGCGCUCCGCAACACGCUCGGAUGGCGAUGAACGUGUUGGUAACAGGUGUUCAGUGCGUCGCCAAAAGUGACCACUUGAAGCCCAAGUCUGGUGAGAUAGCCUAUCAUAAAGGUGAUCUCUUGACUAUUAAGGAAACAACAAAGGUAAAGGGCAUAUGCAAAGCCAUAAACAACACAACAGGAGAGGAAGGUUUGAUCUCUCGUUCCAAUAUGAGGGACAGGGAGGCCAUCCGAAUAGAUUCUUGCCUAAGCCUAAUGCCUUGGUUUCACGGAAAGAUUUCUGGUCCCGAGGCUGUGAAAAAGUUAAAGCCGAGGGAGGAUGGAUUGUUUCUGGUGCGCGAGUCCAUCCGUCACCCGGGCGAUUACGUCCUUUGCGUCAGCUUCUCUGGAGAUGUUAUCCACUAUCGCGUCAUUUUCCAGGACAGCAAAUUGACCAUUGACAACUCACAGUUCUUCUACAAUCUUAUAGACAUGAUUGAGUUUUAUUCAGAAAAUAAGGGAGCUAUUGCAACAGUUCUGCACAAACCCAAACAGAAAGAAGGAGUAAGGUCAGCAGAGUUAGAGCUGUCAAAAACGGGUUGGCUUUUCGAUAUGGACAAACUUGUUUUGGGAAGACGCAUUGGAGAAGGGGAGUUUGGAGAGGUGUUUGAAGGCGACUACAUGGGACAGAGCGUGGCGGUCAAGAACAUAAAGUGUGAUGUAACUGCUCAAGCUUUUCUGUCAGAGACAGCGGUCAUGACGAAACUCCAGCAUAAGAAUUUGGUGAAGUUACUGGGUGUGAUUUUGCACAAUGGACUGUUUAUUGUCACAGAGUUAAUGGCCAAGGGAAAUCUUGUGAAUUAUCUACGCACCAGAGGGCGCUCUAGCACCAGCACUGAGCAGCUGGUCCGUUUCGCACUAGAUGUCUGUGAGGGGAUGGAGUACCUUGAGUCCAAAAAGUUGGUGCACAGGGACUUGGCGGCCCGGAAUGUCCUGCUGUCCGAAGACACGGUGGCCAAAGUUAGUGAUUUUGGUCUGACCAAAGGGGACUCAGCAGACUUGGACCAUGCUAAGCUACCGGUCAAAUGGACAGCACCGGAGGUCUUGAGGAAAGAGAAGUUCUCCACGCGGUCCGAUGUGUGGAGCUAUGGCAUCUUCCUGUGGGAGAUGUUCUCCUUCGGCCGGCAGCCCUAUCCAAAGAUGACCCUGAAGGAGGUGAGGGAGCGUGUGCAGCAGGGCUACCGCAUGGAGGCUCCAGAGGAGUGUCCGCAGGCCCUCUACCUGCUGAUGAGGAGCUGCUGGCAGGACGAGCCGGGCAAGAGGCCCCCCUUCCACAAGAUCAGGGACAAGCUCCAGAGGGAGAUGAACUCAUAUCAGGCUAAAGCACAAUGACAAUGAGUACAGUGAAAGUCCCAUGGGGGGAAAAACAUAUUUUUUUACAUUGUGACACGGCAUGCCAUAGCACACCGUGCACACAACAAAGUGCAAAACGGCUGCCCGUCUGGUGGUCAGGGUAAAUUGGUAAAUGGACUGCAUUUAUAAAGCGCCUUUACACUCCUUCGAGCACUCAAAGCGCCUUACAUUCACCUAUUCACACUCUCAUUCACACACCGGUGGCAGUGGCUGCCACGCAGGGUACCACACCUUGUCACCAGGAGCAACUUGGGGUUAAGCAUCUUGCUCAAGGACACAUCGAUUGGGUCAGGCAGAGCGGGACUUGAACCUGCAGCCCUCUGGUUGCCGAAUAGCUCCUCUACCACCUGAGCCACCACCGCCCCAAGGAGACCUCAUGGACAAGCUCCAGAAGGAGAUGAACUCACAUUAGGCUCCAGCACAAUGACCCCAGAGUACAGUGAUGGGCUUAAUGGAUUCAUUAGUUACAAUCCAGUGCCAAAUAUUCCAUAUGACCUUGUUUUACCUGUCCAAGUCAACCAGGCAAUCAUUCAACCAAGCCAGGCUUCGCCCUCUAGUGACGCAAUGCCUUCGGCGUUGCUAAUAGUCAGGUCAAGAGCAAUGCAAAUACUGUCUGAGCUCCGGAGAAGUCAGGAACUCCACCCACUUUGUCGGGAAGCAAUCAACUUGGGGGGUGCACACCAUUAUCACACAGGGCACACAACAAAGUUGUAUUAGUUGGUCAGCGCACACAACAAAGGUGCAUUGGUGGUCAGGGUGCCUCAGUCAUGGAGGACAGGGGAGAGAGCAGGGUAAUCACUCCCCAUACUCACCUGGUGAUGUCGAGUUGGAGUGGAAGCAGCAAACCACAAGCCACAAGCGCUUUCCGAGGACGGGAGUCAGCAUAUUGGAAAGCACUCCAUAACAGAGGUGUCAAAAGUAAAAGUAAAAGUAAAAAAAAGAAACACAGUUUCCUUCCAACACACGCAACUUAUCUGAGUAGACCUGUGUACUUGUCUUACGAUUAGCUAACUCUGCACUAGUUGGAUCAAGUUUGUGGUGGGUCCUUAUUAGGUUUUCCGUGUUUUUCAGUAAUAAGACAGUCUAUCUCUCUCAUUAGGUACAAUGGAGUAAAUGAUGUAAUAGCUAUGUAAUGCCAUGUGCUAGUGUUGUAAUUACACCACAAAAGUACUUUUACUUUUGACACCUCUGCUCCAUAACCACUUGCCAUGGCUUCCCAUGGUGACAGGAAUGUUCCAAGUGGGCAGUUGUGUAGGGGGGGGGGGGGUUGGAGGGGUACUUCAAAUGUUAUAAAGUCCUCCAAGGGCUGUACUAUAAACACAAACCAGGAUUUCCCCCUGCACUUUAGGCCUAUAUUGAAGGUAGCCACCUUAACAAUAGACCCCACCAUCACUAUGUCCCCUAAAAAUAUUGCUUAAUUGUAUUGCAAAUGUAAUUUCUAAGAUUUCUUUACAAAACAUGUCAUAUCAUAUGUGAAACUUGUAAUAUUGUGUUUUUGAACAUAAACAUGCAAAUGUUACAAAACUGUUUCACCUGCCCAGAAGUCACUGCAGAUGGAGAUUAGCCUCUAAACUGGUGCAGGUCAUCUCUUUACUUAAUAAUUAAUGUACUUUGCACAUGGUCAACUUGAGUUGUCUCAUAGCGCUUUCAAAAUACAGGUUGUGUUGUAUUGUAUAGGUAUCUGGUCCCUGACUAAAUAGGCCUAAACCAAAUAAACUAAACUAAACAUUAGUUUCUUUUAUACAUAUAACUAGGCUACAUGUAUCUCUUUACUCAUCCAGGCAGGUGAAACGAGGACACAUUGCAUCCAACUGAGAACUAUUUAAAGCAAGUUAAGAAAAAGCAGGACCGGAUCUCAUAAGUCGGAUUACAAUGCAAACGACAAAACUUCAGGUCAUGUCCUGCCUGAUAGGGUCAUACAAGUACACCAUAGUAUCGACUCGAGUGCAGGUCAUUCUAGGUUCUUUUCUUCUGCCUUCACCUCAGUUUACCCAUCCUCUGUGGAGUGGAGAUAUCAAUGGUGGGGUAGCGUCCGCGCCAAAGUCUUUUUCUGAGCGUUUCGCUCGGUGCGUAAUUCCAAGAACAGUAUGGCGAAAAGGAAAAAAAAGAGUCACACACAAGAGCUGAAUGCAAAAUCAAAAACUGUAUUAAACAAAGCCGUAUAAAGUAGCCUAAAUAAAACCGACAGACAAGGCACAAACGUUUCGGGUCUAGCCCAUCAUCAGUGUUCCCAGUUUCGAGUGAAGAUAUCAGAAAGUUUCCCCACUAGGAAGCACGGCAGAGAUGCUCAUGCACCAGUGUGGUCCAGGGAGCACAAACUUUUUUCACACUUGGAUUGGCCAAAACAAAGUCCACACCUCACACUCAUUCCGAAUCUUUGGGAUGUGCUGGAGAAGGCUUUGCACAGCGUUUAAACUGUUAAUUAACAGUUAAUUAACAGUUAAUUAACUAUUAAAGGGGCUCCAGGUAGGAUUAGACGUUUGAUUAAUCAUGGUCCCACGUCAGCCGAUGCUUAUGCGAGUCAUUAGUGAGUGAACGAUGGCUCUCGUGACCACUUCCAUGGUCCGCUGUCAGAAAACCCCACAGGCAACUUUUGACAGUGCGGUCCGUGGGAGUGUCAUGGGAAACACUUUUCAUUUGAAAGCAUCGCUUUAACAUACCGUAUUCAGUUUUGUAUCAACUGCUGGCAUUCCGUGAUGAAAAACAGUCUCACAGCGAGUUUAUUUGAACAGCAUUUUUUCAUUUUGGUGUACGUUUUGAGACAGGCAUGCCACGGGCACCGUGCAAAAGACGUCAUCCUACCUUUGCCCCUUUACGUAAUUAAUACACUGAGUUAAUUAAAAUAAUACAGCAGUGAAUGUGUGCCAUAAUCAAAACUAAUGGUGGUCCAACAACAUAUUUGUGUGAGUGACCUUUUUUUUGAUGAGGACUUUUUUUUUGACCAAGCUGUGUGUAACAGAGGCUAACCAGCAGAGUUGGCGUGGAACGUUAGUAAACCUCCCUCCCAAAGCCUCAAACAGUAUCGAUGCCGUUGAGCUGGGGGACUGGUCCCUUAGUCCAGCUGUAUUGCACUGUCUCCCAUUGCCGGACUGUUGUAAUUGACGAGGUCGCAGGUUCGCAUCACCAAGGGGGAUGAACAGGUGCAAGAUGACCUCCGUUACAUAGCCUACUGCUACAUAUUGUAGGCUAUGUAGGCUACUUUUACUCCCGGAUCUAUGACGUUCAUUAUGUCUAAGAGGACAGUGUGAGAGAUGGACAGGAAGCGAAUGGGGAGAGAGACGGGGAGGUCGGUAAAGGACCGCAUGGUAGACGAGUGCCCUACCGGUUGGCCACGGCAGGUUCCCAAAAGAUGUUUUUAUGACCAACAUUUCUCUUAACACACUUAAACCAUUUCAAAUGUUACACCUGCGCUUAAUGCCAGCCUUCAAAACCGACAAUGUAUUGAAGGAUGAGGGCAGUGAGAUGUUCUCCUCUCCUCUAUUUUGUUGUCACAUUACAUCCAAAAUUAAAUAUGUUAUUGGUUGUAAUGCUUUGUAAGCCUGGCAUUUGUCUGUUACCCAUGGGAUAUACUGCAGAUUGAGUCUUUAUCCUUGCUUGUAUUUCAUUAGGGUAGGGCUUGAGUUGGAUUUGCGUUGUGUCUUUAAAGCCUGUAAAAGGAUGGGAUCUAAUAUUUAAAGCAGCAAUGAAAACCAAGUGGAAAACACAUUAGAUGAUUUAAAAUGGCAUUUAGAGUCUUCUUCUAUGGCCAUGUUUAAAUACAUUUACUGCUGUGUGUAAAUACAUU